CAGAAACAUCUGGAGCUGAGCACACACUAGAAACCUGCAAGUUUCUCAGUCCAGAUCGUACCGGGACCAAAAGAGGCUGUUUCCACUGUCAUUUACAAAUCUGCAACAAGACAAAAUGUAAACGUGAGUACGAUUCAAGUCGAGACAGAGUACAGUUGGUAAAACUGUGCCAAAGGGUGAAGAGAAGAAGGAAUUCACUGGAUCGAGUGGAGUAUCGCAGCUGAUUUUUUUCCCACAGCAGUCUCAGUUUUCAAGCCUGCCUUAAAGAGAUUUACAGGCUCAGUUUCCUGCUCAAUGGCUUCCAAAGAGAUUAAGAACAGGGGUGUGAAAUCUCUCAAGGAAGUCCAGACAGUCGCUGAGGGUUUGAAGUUUCUCUACCGACAGAAGUUGCUUCCUCUGGAGAAGUAUUACGGCUUCUCGGACUUUCACUCUCCCAGUCUGGAAGAUGCAGACUUUGACCACAAGCCCAUGAUCCUGGUGGUGGGUCAGUGUUCAACGGGGAAGACGACCUUCAUUAGGUAUCUUCUUGAACAAGAAUACCCAGGAAGUAGAAUUGGACCUGAACCUACAACAGACUGUUUCACUGCUAUCAUGCACAGGGAUGUUGAGGGGGUGAUUCCAGGCAAUGCUCUUGUUAUGGACCCCAACAAACCUUUCCGCAAGCUCAACUAUUUUGGCAACACCUUCCUCAACCGGUUCCAGUGUGUGCACUUUCCAAACCAGGUCUUAGAAAGCCUCAGCAUCAUUGACACACCAGGAAUCUUGUCCAGCACCAAGAAAAGGAUGAGCAGAGGCUAUGAUUUCCCAGCGGUGCUUCGCUGGUUCGCCGAGCAUGUGGACCUCAUCAUCCUCCUGUGCGAUGCACACAAACUGGAACUCUCGGACGAGUUCUCUCGCUCCAUCGUGGCCCUACGAGGAUAUGAAGACAAGCUGCGCGUGCUGCUCAACAAGGCCGACAUGGUGGACUCGCAGCAGCUGAUGCGGGUUUACGGUGCACUGAUGUGGUCGCUGGGGAAAGUCAUUUGCACCCCGGAAGUCCUGAGGGUCUACAUCGGCUCCUUUUGGUCCUCUCCGUUCAGGACGUCAGAGAACCGCGUGCUGUUUGAACGAGAGGAAGAAGAUCUCUUUAAGGAGAUCCAGAACCUGCCUCGCAACUCUGCCCUGAGGAAACUUAAUGACCUGGUAAAGAGGGCACGACUUGUGAGGUCUCAUGCUUACAUCGUUAGUUUUCUGAAGGAGGAAAUGCCCUUGUUUCGUCGGGAUAACAAAAAACGUGACCUGAUUUAUGACCUUCCGGUCAUUUUCUCAAGGAUCCAACAACGGCAUCAGAUCCCAGCUGGAGAUUUUCCGGAUUGUGCAAAGAUGCAGGAACGACUCUUGAAUCGUGACUUCACCAAGUUUAAAAGCCUAAAAUCCAAACUCAUAGUAGGUCUGGAUGAGCUCCUGACGACCGACAUUGCCAAACUGAUGCCACUUCUACGCCAAGAGGAACUCGUGGCAGCCGAGCAGCCUGGUGUCCAAGGCGGCCCGUUACUAGUAACGAAAAGAGGCCCUUUUUUUGAAGGGAACCCGUUCUAUUAUUCAGGGCCCAAUGGCGAGUGUGAGGAGCUCACUGGAGAAGCUUGGGUGGUCUCGAAAGACAAGCCGAAAUAUGAUGAGAUCUUCUACAACCUGUCUCCUCAGGAUGGCAAGCUCAGCGGGAUCAAAGCGAAGGACUGGAUGACCAGCACUCGGCUGCCAAACUCGGUCUUGAGCCGGAUUUGGAAGCUGUCGGAUGUGGACGGAGACGGCAUGCUAGAUGAUGAAGAGUUCGCUUUGGCCAGCCACCUUAUUGAGGUGAAGUUAGAGGGCUUCGGGCUUCCUCCCAAGCUCCCUGCUGACCUGGUGCCACCGUCUAAAAGAAGACGCAAAACCUCGAGCACAGAGAACAGGGAAGACUGUGUGGAGGCGUAGACGCUUGUCUGGAGAUUUGUCUGGCUUUGUUCUGAUGCUAUUUUGAGUGGAUGAACCAUGACUGAGCACGAUUUACUCAAUAAGUUUUUCUAGAUUUAUGCUCUUAAAAUCAACUCUUGGCCUAUAAAAGUACUGCCCAUACUAUAAACACGAAUUGAUGUAAUUACGUAUAUUUUGAACAAUCUCAAUAUAGCACUGUACCAUUCUUUAAAACAGGAGUUCUUAAAUAUUUAUUAUAUUAUUAUUUGCAGUCAGCCCUUUUAAGUUAAAAAAAAAAUCACAACCUCAGACCUUAAACCAGGUGCACCGUAUCAUAUGAACAUUUCCUAGUUUUAUUAAAAUAGCAGUUAGAUUAAAGUUCAUUUAUUUAUGACAUUAUUUUACAUUAAUGCGACUCAACAGAGCAAUUGUGUAAGCUAAACCACUAUACAAUAAUAAUAACUAUAACAGCUAUAACGAGAGUAGUAAAUACUACUUAACAUUCCUCUUCAUCAUCAUAUCAUUAAACAAAUUAAUAAAAUCACACUUUGUGGGGUCUGAGGGGGUCGACAGGAUUCAGAAGCAGUGAUGUAGAAUAUAGAAAAAUAACAAGAUUAACAGAGAUUAAAUUAUUAUUCCACUUUAUGUUUUACAGACAUUUACUUGGAUUCUUCAUUUUCUUAUCUGCUUUUUAUUACUGAACCUCAGUAAAUCUCUUACACCAAAACACUUGAAUGCCCUUUUUGUUGUGGUUUAAAAAUGUGGAAAGUAGAUUAUUGGUGAGCUGCCAUUAAGUCCUUUCAACUCAACUUAAAAUUAAAAAAAGAAUUCA